CCCCUACUUCCGCAGGUGGUGUCUGUCAGAGCUCAAAAUGGCGGACAGAGUCUUAGAGUUUGCUAACCCCGUGUUUGCGUCCUACGCCGCUUACGCAGGGCUGGCAUCCAUGAAGAUGAUGGGCAUGAUGGUAGUCACAGUUUACUACCGCCGUAUGAAGGGGGUUCAUGCGAAUCCAGAGGACACCUUGUUUACCUCAUUUGGAGCUAAAGAUAAGGCCGUGGUUCGAACCGACCACCCAGACAUCGAGAGAGUUCGGCGGCUGCACCUGAACGACCUCGAGAACAUCCCACCAUUCCUUGUGGUAGGCCUCCUAUACGUGCUGACCAAACCGUCGUCUGACGUUGCCGUGUGGCACUUCCGCGCCUUCCUGGCCUCCCGCCUGCUCCACACCGCCUGCUACCUGGGCGGGCUGCAGCCCUGGCGAUCCAUCUUCUUCGUAUUCGGCUACGUCACUACCGUCAGCAUGGCCGUACAGGUGGUGGCCAUAGGGUCUUUGUAAGGGCUUAGAGAAAAUGAUCGACUGUGUGCGCCCACCAUACUCUGAAAUUGCACAGCGCGUAGACCGUCCGUUUCGUAUUUGUGUUUGUGGUAGACUUAAAUUUAUUAUACUUCACUGGGCGUUACUUUUCACAGCAACAUAGUAGCUAAUUGUUUAGUUGAAUUGAAAAUGAUUACACAAAAACGUACAUAAAUAUUGCUUUGUUAUUAUAAUUAGAAAGGACAACGAUAUUCGCAUUUAGCCUCACUUGAUUGUAUGAAAGUUGGGGAUCCAAUAUUGUACAUUACUCAGUCAGUAGAAUUUUAA